AUGGAGAAAUUGGACCAGCUAGCAAAGCGGUUUAGCAACAGAGCUGGUCUCCUGGACGACUGGCUGAACAGCACGGAGAAACUCAUGGAGGAUCUCCUCAACCAUCCGGGUACGCAGGCCGGCGCGGCGAAGAAAGCCGACGCACUAGCUGCGGAGGUUGAAAGCAAGGCAGGUUAUCCCACACGCUGUCCUCGGACCCUUGUCUGCGUCCUCUCCCCGUUUUAUUUUCUAUUAAAGUUUUGCAUAAAAUGA